CCAACUUUACCAUGCGGCGUGUCCGCAUAGUGUGCCGCAUUUUGUGGCAACAGCUAUGAGAGCACGCUGCAUGGUUUAGUUGAACACAAUGGCGAAUACUGAAAUUAUUUUUAAGUGUUAAACAUAAACGUGCAAACAAAAUGGCGGUCGAGAAACGGACGGAAGCAAAAUGGUGGCCGAAAAACAAAAGUCGAAGCACAAACUGAAAUUAAUGCAGCUGACAAGCUUUUCUCAAAGGCGCAGCAAAAUUGUUUCAGAUAAAUUUUUGGAACGUAGCAAAUCAAAAUGGUGGAAGCAAAAAAAUUGAUUGAACUUAAGCUAAAGCAGUGCGCCUAACUCUUUGCUGUAACUUUGUGUGGCAAUGGGCGCGAUGCUGGGUGCAGCAUCAGCGGCAAAGGAGCCGCUGCCCAUGGGCGUGCUAAAGCCAAAGACAGCGCCCAAGCUAAAGCCGCUAAGGGAGACCAAAGCGCAGCGCGGCAGCGUCCUCAAGGCCAUACAGGAUAUUCAGCGCAUGACACCUGAGGCCAUUUGCCUGGAGUUCGAGCGCAUGGUGCAGCACACUGAGCGUCACUUUGGACGCAAGCAGAGCACGCCCUGCAGCGAUGUGGCCGCCCAGCUGAUGCGCUGUCUGCGUCAGCAGCAGCAGCAGUCGUCUAAAUGCUUCAAGGCCAUGGACGAUUAUCGCCUAUGCGUCGCCAUUGCCACACAGCAGCGCAUCGAUGUCAUGGCCGAUGAGCCGGCGCCGGAGCCGCCACAUUUGGCCAUUGCCCAGCCGCUGCCCAUGCCGCCGCCCGCUGCACCGGCAGCAAAGGAGCGUCGUCGCUUCUGGUACAAGCCCUGGACUUGGUUUCGUCAGCAGUAACAAAAUUCGGUUCGAAGACAAAUCUUCAAUGUACAAUCUUUUGAUUAAUCCAGCCAAUCAACACAAUCAAGAAGUUUUAAUGCAUUAAACGAGCGUCGUGUCAGCUCAAUUAUUUAAACAAAAGCAAACGCUUGGCUAAAUAUUUCGAGUCUAGAGUCUGCCCUGCGGUCAUUUCUAUGUCUACAUCAGCAACAUGUUCAUCAUCAUCAGCAGCAGCAGCAGCAUCAUCAUCGCCAUCAUCAUCAGCAGCAGCAGCAGCAGCAUCAGUUGAGCUGCGCUGCAAUUUGCAAUAAAACUAAAUCUGUUACAGCUGCUCUAUGCAUAUAUGUCUGCCUGUCUGUGUGUGUGUGUGUGUGUCUGUCUGUGUGUGCGGUUAUUCAGGUUGAAAGCCUUGCGGCCACGUUAAGCAAACAUUAGAAUUUAUUAAAUCCAACUCAUGCCAUUGCCUCAGACUCAGACUCGUUCAAGUUAGCCAAGCUAAUGACAGACUUAUAUAUAUCCUGCAGCAAUAAA